AUAAUUUAUUAUUUCCUAAUAAAAUUUAAUCCCAUAGUAUUAUAUUAUAAUUCAUAGGGUGCUCUUUAUUUUUAUAGCAUUUUGCAUCUAUUUUAUACUCUCACGAUAAUUAGUAUGUCUAUAAUUAGAAGUAUAUCUAGUAAUUCUGAUGUUAUUUACACAACUGCUGUCACCUCAAGUCAAUCUCUACCAGAAACACCUGCAACUUCAUACUCCAGUAAAAGAACUGAUAGAAGACGUCAUUCACUACGUUCAAUUAAAAGACGAAAAUUCGACGAUGAAAUUGUUGAGAGUAGUUUAGCUUCUAAAGGACUCAGAAGAUCUCUAGAUGGAAGUAAUCCUGAUGAACAUCAUGAUGAAGUAGUUUCUCCAACAUUAAGUGUAACCGCUACCUCUCCAACAGAAUCAUCUGCUAACAAUGACUUUUCAUCUUCUUCCAAAACUGGUCAUAUUACAAAAUUGACAGCUUCACAAUCAAACAAUACUGGAGUAAUGGUUCAAGACAGAAAAGACAAAAAGAAAAUAGCUUCGCAUCAAAGAAAGAGAUUAAAGAAAACACAAAAAGCGUUUGCUGCGGUCAAAGAUAUGGGUCGUUGGAAGCCAACAGAUGACAUUUUGUUAAUCGAUGCAAUUGAACAACUCGGUGAUUUGUCUCUGGUGCAUCUUGGUGUCAAAUUUUCUUGUCAUUUCACAAUUGAAGAAGUACAAGAAAGAUGGUACGCCCUGUUAUAUGAUCCUGUCAUAUCAUCUCUUGCACGUCAAGCAAUGAAAGCAAUACCAAGAGAAAUUGUUACUGCUACACAUGCAAAGGCACCUUUCAGUAAAGUAGAAGAAUCUCAUUUAUGCAAAAUUCAUUCCACGAACCCUCCAUCGUUAGAAGAUCUACAAUCUUUACUCGAUGAAAACAUUGACUCAUUUCAUCCGAAUCGAACUGCACAAUCAAUGUUAAACCACUGGAACCUACUUCAUCAAUAUCAUUUACUUGACGACCAAGCUGUUCAACAAUUGCCAAAGGGAGAUCAUGUGCUCAAUUUUUCUGAUGCAGAGGACCUUUUAGAAGACAAUGCACCAACUGGGCCUUAUGAUCAAGUGCUCGGAGCAGAACUAAAUCUAGCUGAUCGUAGACAGAAGAGAGAGAUUAAGCAACUUGAAGAAGAAAAUGAAAAAUGGAAGGUUUUAGUUUCAAACGUUGCAGAAACACAACCAACUUCACAGUUUGAUGAACAGACAUUGGGAGUUCUUCAAGGACGAUUGGUCAGAUAUCUAAUGCGAUCUAAAGAAAUCACUCUGGGUAGAAAAACUGUAGACACCAAUGUGGAUGUCGAUUUGUCAUUGGAAGGUCCCGCUUCGAAGGUUUCACGAAAACAAGGAACAAUAAAAUUGAAGAAAAAUGGUGAAUUUGUUUUAAUAAACACUGGGAAACGACCAAUCGUUAUGGAUGGGAGACCGAUAUUGAGUGGCAAUAGAAUGAGACUUUGUAAUGAUUCAGUCAUUGAACUGGGUUUGCUAAGAUUCGUUUUCAUCAUAAAUGAAGAUUUGGUAAAAACUACCAUUCAGAAGAAACCUGUGGUUCGCUAAUCAUGGUUUCAUGCUAGAGACAUCAAUCAUGGAUUCUUUGAAGCACUGCCACAUUAUUUGUCAACUUGUUUUCUGUUUUUGUAAUAAAUAAAUGCUACUUUGGGCACAUGUUUA